AUUUGUUGUGGUGCUUUAGGUACAGCUGAGUCACUCAUCUCUGGAUAUAUAAGAACUCGUGUACGGAUCACUGCACAGUACCUCAGGUGUUGAUACAAUGAAUAAGAUUAUUUGCUUCGGACUCGUGCUUUGCGCUACGUUAGCGCUAACAUCAGCUUACCCAGCCGAACUGGCACCCGAGGCCCCUGAAGCCCCUCCGCAUGAGGCCCUCGCAGAAGUAGAAGAGCUUCAGCCAGAAGAGUCUCGCUGGGGGCACGGCGGCGGCUGGGGACACGGCGGCGGCUGGGGACACGGCGGUGGCUGGGGGCGCGGUGGCGGAUGGGGACGUGGGGGCUACGGACGGGGGUACGGGGGCUACGGGCAUGGCGGAUGGGGGCGCGGUGGAUGGGGCCGUUAAUGCACUACACUUGAAAUACUUGAAUCCGUCUGAGAAUUAAGUUUUUGGAUUUUUUUAGAUAAGUAAAAUUACUAAGUGAUUUUUUAAGACUGUGAUGUAAAACUUAAUAAAAGUACUAAUUUUGUAAA